GGGUGCCGCUUGGGGCACCUCCACCUGUCUGACCUGAGCUAACUAAAGCAGGACAUUUGUAAUUUGGAGUGAAUGUUUAGUUUGAUAGAGGAAGAAGUCCAGACUACACAGUAAUGCAGGGGAAACAACACAAGGAACUCCUGGUGAGCCUUAAGCAGAAGAGAGGAUUCGAUAAAAAACAGGGAUGGACUCCGGUGAUUUACACUAAGUAUAAACAAAGAGAAAGUAGUGGGUUAAGUUCACCAACACAGAGCAAGAAGAAUGGACAAGGGGGGAACAGCAAAUCAUCCCCAGCCCCUCGACCUCACACUCAGGAGGAUGCUGAUGUGGCUUGGAGUGUUGUGCCUAUUAUUAGGCUCUCCAGACAUAUGUGUGGGUAGUGAGGUGUUGUCAUCUCAGCUGUUCAUCCUGCCCCUCACACAUCAAAAUUUCAGCUUGCCAACAGCAGGUGUAACAUACCGGCCUAGCCUGCUGAACAUGCCAGAUCUUCCCAGUUGGCUUCAUUAUACAUAUUCUCCUGGUGUGCACACUGGUUUUGUGUAUGGAGUCCCUCCUGAAGGCAUUCAUGAUUUUCAGGUAGAGGUGAUAGCCAGAGACAAACACACUUAUGAGACAUCCCAUCAUGUUUUUAAAAUGGAAGUUUUAGACCAGGCCAGUAAGCCGUAUGAAGUGCGCUUUAAGAUACAAAAUAUGAAUGUUGAGGAGCUGUUGGUAGGAAGACGUUGGGAUCGAUUGCAUCAAGUGAUAAGUAAUGAUCUGUGGCAAGAGAGUGCAGAUGACCUAAUUGUGACAUCCCUUGCUUCUGCUACUCAACGUGGUGAUCGAUUACCUGCCAGCCCAGAUGAGAAGGAAGGAGUGUAUGUGAGCUAUGGCAGUUCAGUGCCUUUCUCUGCUGCUUUACUUGAAUUAGAGAAGGAAGUUGAGCCAUUGUGGCACCACCAGCCAUGUCCAGCAUACUUCAAGAAAACUUCCUAUGAGAGAUUUUUCCGACAACAGAAUUUUGCAGUUGAUUGGUGCAGUUUCAAGCUGUACGAGAACAAAAAGAAUAUGAUGAUUGGAGAAGAUGCCAGUGGGGAGGAUGAGGGACCCAAGUCUCCUGUGAUAUCUGCUCUAGAAAAUGAAGGACGUGUCUAUUUACAGAGGAGAGAUCAGGUGGAGAAACGUUCAUACACUUUUGAUGUGGUCCAUACUAUUCUCAUUCCUCUCGUGGUGAUGCUUGUUUUACUAGCACUCCUUACUUUGGCAAUGUGCUGCCAUAGGAACAACAUGGAUCAGCAGUCCAGUGACUUUUUUGAUGAACUCUUUGAUGAUUUCCCGCGCAUCCCAACGGGCCAAGAUAUCCAAAUGGUUCAGUAUGCCAGCAUCCACCGAGCCACAGAGGCUCUUCGUACACUAAAGGGUCGUGAACAUUCGCCUCAUCCUUCCACUGCUACAACUACAACCCAAGCUGACACCCUAACUCGAUCACGGACAGCUAGCCCUUCUUCCACUCUUCCUAGAAACUCAACGCUUAGCAGCCGACGUUUUGAAGACUAUGCCACAUUGUCUCGGCCAGAUCCACCGCCAUAUCAGAGGAAUGGAACAACACCAACACGUUGAAGAUGUAUGGCAACCUUCCAAAGUUUUGAUGUGACUAUUUCUUCUCAAAGGUUUGUACAUCAGAAGGAAUAAUAAUGUUGAAGAUUUUUUUAUGGUUUUUCAUCUUUCAGUAAUUGUAUGAAGCAAUUUAAAGAUUUUUUUUUAAACACAUGGAAUUUAAAAAGUCUUAUUCCAUAGUACAGUAUCUAAAUUCAAAUUGUGUUGAUUGAAAAGUUAUAUAUACGUUUGAUAUGUAGAUAUAUUACAGUACAGUACUGUAUAUAGAACUGGUAUUGCACUGCAUUACAGGUAUGGGACUCUUUAUCCAGUGUCUCAAUAUCCGAAACACUAAAAAAACCCUGCUAUUUUCUGGAACUAUUUAUUUAAAAGGAGUGCAAAGUAAUUCCCAGGACAAGUGGGUAAAUUUCUAACUGUUCCCCAUCUGUGAGCUGUAUGUUAUGGUAUUAUUUUUUUAACUCUUAAUUUGGGGUUGAUGUAUAUGAUUUUCUUCGUUAAUUUUACUAAUUUUCAUGCGCACAAACAAUCCUACAAUACAUAAAGUGCAAAAAUAAAGGAAAUACUUAUAAGGUAUAUAGUUUUAAGUAUCUAUGGGUUUCCACCGUGAAGCUGUAUGUGGAGGUUGGAGGGUCUGUAGUGGAGCACCGUUGCUAGAGGCGACUGCGUCACAGUUUGUACAUUAACUUGUAUAAGGUUUGCUCUUUUUAUGCUUUAAUUCUUGUUAUUUAUAUAUUUUUUGUUUUUGAUGUAUAUUUGCCUACAAUUUUAAGUUUUAAUGUUACUGUACUGUGUACAGUUAAAGCUGCUUUUAGGGGUGAAUUUAGUUAUCAGAACAGAGGCUUCACAGUCAGUUACAAAGGCUUUACUGUACAUUUUGUGCAUUUUAGACUUGGUACUCCAAAUUCAACAAGAAACCUUAUCUGGCAGCCCCAAGCUUACUGGAUAAAUGAUCCCAUACCUGUGUGUUGCUUUUUUUAGGCAAGAUGAUAUAAAAUUAAAGGGUGUUACUGUAUUUAAAAGUGCAUGAGAAAGUAAAUAUUUAAAUAUUUUGUUUAAUAAUGUCAUUUAUGAACUACCGGUAUAGGUGAUACAUGUAGAUUUUUUUGUAUUUACUGGGUAAUAUGAAUGAAGUAAUGAGGCAAAUAUGUUGUAUAAAAUGAAGGCUGCAUGUAACACAAAUUUUCAUGUGAAGGCAUUAUAAGAUUUCAGGAAUAACCUGAAGUAUCUCCACCCCAGCUUAUUUCACCGACAGAUCAACCACACUAACGGUAAUCUAAACCAACCCAACCCCACCCCCACCCCAUCCUCUCGAGGUGAAAUAAGUUGGGGUGGAGAUUUUUCAGGUGAUCUGAUCAUGGUAAUGUAUGAAUUUACUAAACUGUAUGGUACCUACCUUGAAAAAAAAGGUACAUUGUCAUACUGUAAUAAUGAAGGAAGCACAAAAUAUUACAGUGUGGAAAUUAACUCUCGUGCAGCACCUUAUUCGUAACAUCAGUUGUGACUUUCUGGUGUGGAAGAGCUGCAUUGUAUCUUUUUAUAUCUUUGGAUCAAUUAUUUGGCACUUUUUUUUUCCAUAUGAAACCAACACAUUUUACAUAAAAUUGUUUGCUCUUUCACAUAAAACGAUAAAACAAAUUAAGAAAGAAAAAAUAUUUUUGAUGUGAAGUUAUGCAUUACUCUAUUAGUUUUCAACACAAUCAACUUGUAUUUUAUCCAACAAAGUACCUAGUAAAGAGAAUUACCGGUAGUGUUUUACACAAAAAAAGGAAAAUUUUAAGCUUUACAUUGGUGAAAUCAGAAAAUGUAUAUGGAUAAUAAUAAGGUUGAUAAAAUUGAAAAAGAAAGAAAAGGAAUAUUUGGAAUUUGUUCCAAAAUGAUUCACUUUUUUAGUUUUAGUAAUUACUUUUAUAUAUAUUUUUCUUUUCUGUUAUUCCAUUGGUAGUAUAAUUAUCUACAUAUGUUAUGGUGGGUUCAGAAUUUUGCUAGUAUGUGUAUACAUAUGGCUUGGCUGUAAAAAAAAUUUAGAAUAAAUAACCCAUCCCCAGUAGUUCACACACAAACAAUGGUUACAAGUUUGGAUAAGUAAAAUGUUUAGAAAAAAAAGAGCAAGUAGAAACUAAUAAUUACUUUGCAAGCAAUUUUAUAGGCGAUUAUUACUGCACAGUGUGGGGCAGGGGUGUGUGAGAGGGACAAUAAGAGGAAAUUUAAAGGGAAAGUAUGCAGCACAAGUAUGGCGUGACUGCUGAGAUACUACUGAAGUGCUCAGGCUUUGCACUUGGAGGAGUUUCCAUGUAUCUAAUUAGUCUUGAAUUACCAUGAGAGCCAAACUCUCAAGUGUCAAUCGUAAUUACUGUAUAGGUACUGGUUUUUUGAUGAUUUUUUUCUUUUGAGUGAUGUGAAAAAGACAAUUGGACGAGACUUAAAAUUGAUGCAGAUAUCUAGUCAUGGUGAGUGAGUGUUAAUGUUUAAUGUUGCCUCUAGAUUUAGAUUUUUAAGAUAAUUGUAUUAAUAAUUUUAAGGGUUUGAAUGGUUGAUGAUAACUCUCUUUUAUUAGUAAACCGUAUACCAUUUAGCAUAAUUUGAAAGCAGAUCAUGGGAGUAUUAAUAAUGUAAAUCUCUCCCAAUCUGUGAUUGUAAAUACUGUAUAAUUACAUGUGAAAUCUCAGAAAAUACCUUUACCAGAAUGGUCAAUGAGAGCAUAGUAAAUGGAAUGUGACCACUUAAUAAAUACUGUACUGCAUAUUGAAUUACAGUAAACCCUCGCCAACUCAGACCCUUUUAUCUCGGACCCCGCGAUUUUCUGACAGGAGGUCGUCCCCGGACACUUUUUCAUACAUAUUGAACAAUAUCCAAAAUGGAUGGGCAACCACAAAUCCCCCCAUAAGUUCUAGAAACUUCCCUAAGAUUCUUGAAGGUUCCCAAGUCCCAACGUAUGCCACAUGGGUGGCCUCCCAGGUUGUGUAGAAUGAGGUGAAGUGGAUAUGAUGUGGGUGUGAAGUGGAGACGAUGUGGCUGUUUAGUAGAGAUGAUGUGGUUUUUUAAUACUGUACUGUAUACGGUAGUUCAUUCAAUCAGUUUUUUAAGGAUUAAUAAAUAAAUAUCAAAUGAAGACAGUUGAUACACUAAUGAAAACAUGGAUUCCCUUGUUAUCAAUAAAUGUCAACACGAGUGGCGCGUCAUCUGCUGAUCAUGUGGAUACUGUGGCCGCAUCACAUGUUCUUACUCAGUUACUCUCCAGAUGAUAUGGAUGGAUGACAAUACAUUGUGUACAAUGAAGUAAACAUAUUACCUUAUUCAAACUGCCCAUUCCUCCCAAUUAGUCCAAGUUGACGAGGUUUUACUGUACAGUAUAUGAAAGCUGUACAGUAAUAGAUAGCAUUUACCAACUGAAAUGUUCUCACAACCUUUGGUUUUUGUAUUUAGGGUCACGAAGGAGCAUGUUGAAGAGAAAAUAUUACAUGAUACUGUACUGUUAACAAAUAUUUAUCAGAGUUUUAAAGUUGUACUGUAGUGUAUAUUGUUGGAAAUAUUAUUAUAUGUUGUGACUAAAUAUUGAAUAUUCAAUAUUGAAACGGUUUAUUUAGACAGAAAAAUAGAUACUGAGUUGAUAAUUUUAACAAUAUUGUCAUGGCUGAUCCAAUUGAGAGCCUGAGUUCUCUUAGUGGCACCUGAUAUAUACUGAACAUUUAUCUCAAGGAAGUAUUAUGUAACAUUUAGUAUCAUCUGGAAUAGUACACGUAACAUUAUGUUAGUAAGAGCAUAUCAGAAUGUUACCACGAUUAUCACUUCAUUAUUUAUUUUAUUUUAUUUUUUUACAUUUAUAUUAUAAGUACCUGUAUAUACAUAUUUUACAUUGGAGUUGAUAUACAUUAAUGUGAUCAACAUUUCGAAGUUGAGCUUUGUUGGCAAAAUUUAUACCCCCAAAAUAUAUACUGUAUAAUAUAUAUACUUAUAUUAACCAUUCUGAAAUUAUGUAGGACAGUCUGCAGAUUAAUUGUUUGUUGUAGGAAGUACAGUAUAGAUUCAGUGUUGUGGCAUUGUGUGUUUUAAGCAAAAUUAUUGUAUAACAUACAGUACAAGUAUGUGAUUUGUUGUUUUGAUGUUGUUUGGUCGUAGCAUAUUUAUUGUACUGUACUGCACACUCCACAAACCUACAGUUCAUUUAUAUAAUAUGUUACAGGGAAAAUUAUUUAAUGGGAUUUGUAAUAGUGAUGAGAAUGUGUAUGAUAAUCCCUAAAUGAAGAUAAAGAUGACUUUGCAGUUCAGCAGUAAAGUAAUGUAAUAGGUUUUAAAUUUUGGUAGCAAAAUUGAUUUUUAAUUUUUUGUUUUAGAUAAUUAAACUAAGGUGAUACAAUUUAUUGUUGUAGAUUUAAAGUUUCAAGUGUGACAUCUGAGAAAAUAACAGAUUUUAGCAAAAUUGGUUACCAGUGUCUUAUAAUCCCAACCAGAAGAAGGUUCCACAUUAAAGAAAAUUUAAUGAUGCAUGGUGGAAGUGUAUGGCAUAUACCACCUCAACAAGGCAGGACAAGGAGUUCAAACUGUGGGAUGUUGAUGGAAAUGCUGGAGUCACUGGAUGCUUUGGUGAGGCAAUGCUCUAGUUGUAGUAAUCUUACAACAGCAGUAGGAACCAGAAAAGAAGCACUGGAGUUUUGGAACAUCAGUAUCGAAUGCAAGGAAUGUGGGAAGUUGCUGGGAAUACUGGAGUCAUAUGACACUCAGGGAGAUAGUGCUGGAGUUCUUGGUGUACUGAGGACUGAGAGGAAGUCAUAGGACAUUGGUGGGGCCAUGCUGGAUUUGUGAGAUGUCAGGGAUGCAGUGAUGGAGACAUCAGCUGCUUCAAUUCUGAAGUUGUAGCCCUGGAGUCUUGGGAGGAGCAGAGGCUUGGCUAAAGAGAGUGCGGGGGAGAAGAGAAGAGAAGAGAGGGACAGAGAGAGUGCCUUUGAGCAGUGGAGGGAGAGUGAGAGCCUGUACUGGUCUUAUAUAGGCAGCCAGUCUAGACAUGUGAAUUGAGCAACCUCCCUAAAGGUCAAAUGGGACCUCUGGGAAUAUCCCAGUCAUCCCAUCAGUGGAGGUGCUAGUGAAAGGUGCUAACAGCACCUUAUUACUGUGUAAUAAUUUGUGCUGCCGAGCACCAGAGAAGGAGUCCUGGUAAAUAGUAUUUUGGGUCACUGUUGAGAUGCACCUUGGUACCGACUGAACCAGCUUUUAGAAUUUUCUGAUCUGGGUCCUAGGUCAUCCAUGUUUCAGGAUGAACUGUGUCAUGUCACCCAGAGGAUGGUUUGCAUGUGAAAGAAGCUAUUCUUUGUAAAUAUAAAAAAAGUGGGGGGGGAUAUAUACUGCACCAGUAAAUAUUAGCAAUAAAUAAAAAUAAUAAGUAUAAAAUGAAAAAAUAUUGUGUUGUCAUUUGGCAAGCUGGUCACUACUCACGAGACAAAUCUGGUUUCCUAAUUUCUAAUGAACAUACUACAGUACUGUAUAUUGUUUUUUAUCAUAGGGACAUUUAUCAGUGAUAAGAUAUUUACUUGAUCAAUUUUAUUUUCAGGCUUUCGUGACAUUAACUGAAAAGUGCCCUGGCACUGUCAUGAUGGCUACUAUUUUGUGGUACUGUAGUUAGAGUUUCUAUAAUCAAUAGGAUAUGGUAACCAUCCUAGAAAACUGUAUUGUAGUACAGAUAUAAUAUACCAAACAAAAUGCUAAGUGACUGCUCAUAAAAUUUUAAAUACCUAUCAUACCUAAUAAAUCUGGAGGUCUAAAUGAUUUGCCACAUCAAGUAGUUCUGACCUGUGAAUAACCAUACACAUUGUGUUCAAGAAGUAAGAGUUAAUUUGGGCAUGUGGAGAGAAUGGAUGAGAUCAAGGUCAAGAGAUGCAAGUCUAAUUGUAGAGGGGAGAGCCAGGGGCAGGCCAAGAAUGACAAGGUGAGAGGUUGUAAGAAAUGACAUUAGAGUUAAGAGCCGGACAAGAGAGACUACAAAGGUCUAUUCAGCAUGGAGAGCUGCCAGCAUGUAAUCGCAGCUAACCUAUGCAAGUGUGGAAAAUGGCCUUAAAACAUUGAUGAUGCCAUUUUUUUAACUUUUUCUGUUCCCAUUUCUUAUUAAAUAUCAUAGUUUCACUGGAAAUUAAACCAUCACUGAUAACAACAAUGACUUUUACUAAGAUAAAUUACAGUUUUCAGUAAAGUGACAUUGUUUCUAUAAUUGGCAAAAACAUUUUAAGCUGAAUAUACUGUACUAUGAAUACCUGUUUAUAAAUGUAUAAAAUUUAA